AUGCUUCGAUCCACUCGAUGCAUAUCACAACUCGAGCAACGGAUGAGACGGUUGCCAAUCCAUCCCAAGUCGUUCCAAUGCCAUUUCUCAUCAGUAGAUGCUGCUAAGAAAGAGGAUGAUAGCGGCGAAGAUAAGAAGGAGUUCAAAAAGCAACCUUUCGUUACGGCCAAAUUGGAACCAGGAGAAUGGGAUCUGCAGCGAACCAACCCUUACUUUCGACCCAAACCACCUCGUAGCCGCAUGAUUUCCGCUGAAGAUUUUGCCAAUCGACCCCCGGUUGGCUUUGAGAAUGAAUUCGGCUCGUACGAAGAUUCUAUGGUCUCCCUUAGUUGGUUGGACCAAAAGACGUCCCGCAAAAUCUAUCAGAUAUACGUCGACAUGAUGGUCUUGUCUCAACAACAACACAAAACUACGUCUCAUGAAUAUGUUUGCCGAGUGAUUGCUCAAAAGUUCAAUAUAACCCCGACGAGAGCGGCAGCUGUCAUCCAAUUGCAGCACGCCGAAGAGCAAAUGCGCCAACACAAUCCAGACAUGCUGUGCGAUGACCAAGCCAAGUAUGCCGAAGAAGCGAUUCAACAAAACAUUCGGGAUGCCUAUAAAGCACAGCGGGCCCAAAUUCCCAAGCAACCCUUCGUGGAAGACCCUGUCGGAGCACAUGGCCGGGGUGAGCCAGACGAAACAUCCGUGUCUUGGACUAGUACGGAUGAUAUCUAUGAUUUGGAAGACAAGAUCACCCAAGCGAAUGUUCGAGAUGCCGAACAAGCCAGACUUAUCAUUGAUGGGCAUUUGUACAAGGAAGAUGUCGAUGACGUGCAAGUGCAAGUCAAGACGGAUAGUACUACCAAGCGUCUUUUGAAGGAUAAGAAAAAGAUUGCAGACGAAUUGGAAGAGGCAAGUGGGUCGAUUCCGUAUCCCGAAACCAACGCCAAGGGUGAGAAGAGAGACCGAUGGAAGUUUGUGGCCAAGGUUGUCAACACUCGAGCCAUGAGAAAGAAGGGCCGUCGCGUAACAAAAUACACCAACAACAAUGUGGAGAAUACCUUGGUGGAACACGAUGGUGAGCUUCGUGUAGCAACUGUUGCGGAAGCCAAGCAAGUGGCGUGGAAGCCUACCCGAACCAAGGGGAAUGAAUACAUCUUUGAAGGAGCCAAAAAGGCGUGGCUUGAAAAGACACUUGAAGGAAAGACUGGUGUUUGGGGGAGAGCACCUCCCACCAUGGCAUCGCAAUCCACAAAAAAGGCUGCAGAGGAGAAAAAGGAAGAGGAGAAAGUAGUAGAGGCAGCGUCCAAGGAAGAGGCUUCAAUUGACAGCAAGGAGGAGAAAAAGGAAGACGAGAAAGUAGAAGCAUCGGAUAAAGAUUCUUCAGACUCAAGUGAUAGUGGCUCAGACUCUGCUAGUAGUAGUGACAGCAGUGACAGUAGCGAUAGCGACAGCAGUGACAGCGAUUCCGACUUGGAAGAGUCAAAGGAAAAGGAAGAAGCUAGCCCUGACGAUGCAGUUGAAGAACCGGGAAAGGAAAAGAAGGAAGAAAAGUAA